AUGGCAAGGAAUAAGAGUUUACAAGCCAAACUGGUACUCCUAGGAGAUAUGGGAACGGGGAAGACGAGUUUGGUGCUUAGAUUUGUCAAAGGUCAAUUUUCGGAAUAUCAGGAAUCAACAAUUGGAGCAGCCUUCUUCACUCAGGUCCUGUCUUUAAAUGAAGCCACUGUGAAGUUUGAUAUAUGGGACACAGCAGGGCAAGAAAGAUAUCAUAGUUUGGCUCCUAUGUAUUAUCGUGGUGCGGCCGCUGCUAUUGUUGUUUACGACAUUACAAGCACGGAUUCUUUUGUACGAGCGAAGAAGUGGGUUAGAGAAGUUCAAAGACAAGCAAAUCCAAAUUUGAUAAUGUUUUUGGUGGCUAACAAGGCUGAUUUGGAAGACCAGAGAAAAAUUGGAAAUGAGGAGGGUGAGGAAUAUGCCAAAGAAAAUGGCAUGUCUUACUUUGAAACUUCAGCAAAAACAGCACAGAAUGUCAACGAGCUCUUCUAUGGAAUAGGUAAGAGAUUGGCAAAAGCCAACCCUUCACGUCAAACUGGAAUUAAGCUUCAUGGCAGAACUCGAGAAACAAGAAGAAGACUGUUUUGUUGUGUUUAA